AUGGCUGAACUUGAUGGUCAUCCCUACUACAGUUGCAUAAAUUGUAGAAACCCUAUUGCUCCGCAUGUUGAUCUUCUUUCCAAAAACUUCCUGGGAAAAUCCGGACCGGCAUAUUUCUUCUCUCAUGCAAUGAAUAUCUUAGUGGGGAAAAGGGAGGACAGGAAGCUCAUCACAGGAGUCUAUACAGUUGCCGAUAUCUAUUGCAGCAACUGUGGAGAGGCACUGGGCUGGAAGUUCAUCAGAGCUUAUGAGGUCAAACAGAAGUUCAAAGAAGGAAGGUUCAUCAUUGAGAGCUUGGAAUACUAG